GGCGUCAGGCUGUGGGAAAGCGCCUUUUCCCAACCGAGGUCCGGAGACGGCCGAUUGGCCGCUCCGAGCGGGAGGCUCGGCGGCGGAGGCUCGGCGGCGGAGGCUCGGCGGCGGAGGCUCGGCGGCGGAGGCUCGGCGGCGGAGGCAGCCGGCGUCAGGAGCGCUUCUCCAAAUAGAUUGGCACCGAGUCACGUACAGACACGGGGGACGGUGGAGAGGGCGGGACAGGACCACCGAGCAGGAGACGGACAGACGGACGAAUCAUCCAUCGCAUCGCCGGCGCCGGGUCAGUCCAGCUGUCAGAUGAAGAGCCUUCAGUUCCGGAGCAUCGCCCCGAAGGCCCCGGCUGCGGUGCCGUCCCCCUCCCCUGCCGUCCUGUCCCGCCAGCUUCCGUCAGCCCUCCCCGAGGCCUCCGCCGCCUCCACCCCCAAGUCCAUCAUUGUGCCCACCCAAAACUAUGCCCUGAUGCAGAUCGCGGGCCGGGACGGGACCUUCUCCCUGGUGGCCCUGCCCCCCUCCGUGUCCUCCUCCACGCCGCAGCGGACCCCGUCCGUCCAGAAGACCCUGAAGCUGCCCAUCCCCAGAUACCAGCCGGUGAGGAGCAAGGGGACCGCGGACCGGGUCAAACCCGCAUCGCCGGCAGCGCGGCUGAAAACCGCCUGCACCACGGCGCAGACCAGGUCUGGACCGAGUGUCGGGUCUGCAGCUUCCACCAAGAAACCACAAGAAACAAAGCACACCAAGGACGCCGUGGUGCCCAAAGAAGAACCCUCGGAGCAGCUGGUCUUCCUCGACCCGGCCUCUGCAGACAUCUCUGUCACCGCUCUUCUGCCGGACAACGCUGUCCUGUACCCGGGUUCUCAGCUGGACCGAGACGGUUCCGAGCGACCUGCUACGAGCGGCCUGAUCCAGAACCUCCAGUACCCGGCGACCGCCGUCCAGAGUCCCCCGGGCCAGUCCCCCGAGGACGGCCGGCCAGCGGUGAGGCUGUGCCCGGCCAGGCAGGCCUCGGCCCCGCCCCCCAGCAGCAUCACGGUCCUGUCCCCGGCCAUCUUCAGCAAGGCGGUCCAGAUCAUCCCGUCCCCGCCCCGAGGCAAGCUGCCCAUCCUGCCCUACUCCAAGAUGAAGAGCGCCCUCGUCCCGGCCGCCAAGCUCAGCAACGUUUCCCCGGAGAAGAAACUCACCAGCCCCGUAAACGCUGCUCCGCCCAAGACCCGUGAGACAAGGGACGCCUCGAGUCUCAACCCGGCGCCAAACUCUGGUCUGCAGGCCCAGGAGAAGGCCACGCCCCUGCCCGUUCUGGGAACCAUCCAGAAACUACCCGGCAAAAAAAGAGGACGCAAGAGAAAGACGCUGGAGGACAUCGUAGCGUUCGAAGCCCGAAAGAAGAGGUCCCUGUCCUUCUUUCGAAGGAGGACUCCUGAGAAACCAGCAGCAGCCGCUCCAGGGUCCGGACCGGAGGAGGUGGACAUUUCCAAAAAGUACCGCAGCAUCCGGCCCAAGCCCGUGCUCGUGAUGGAGACGCUUCCCCAGCUGGUCAGUUUGUCCGCCGUGACCCCGGACGGCCAGGAACCGGAGCUGAUCCUGGGCCGCCGGCUCCCCGCCGCCGCCACGGCCCCGGACCGCCCCCCCCAGCCCGCCCCGGUCACGCUCCAUCUGAGAGGCGGGUCCCACUCCAAGGUGGUGGGGAGCCGCCCGCUGCACCGCUGCCCCACCUGCAGCCGCUGCUUCCAGUCGAAGCGGCACCUGCAGAGCCACCUGCGCAGCCACGCCGGCAGCCGGCCGCACGUCUGCCCCGUCUGCCGCAAGGCCUACGCCCGCUCCGGCAGCCUGAGCAGCCACGCCAAGCUGCACCACGCCGAGGCGCGCCCGCGCCGCGCGCUCAGCUGCCAGUUCUGCCACAAGGCCUUCGGCUACGUGGGCGUGUACUUCGGCCACCUGAGGGAGGUGCACCGGGUGGUGCUGACGGUGGAGCCGUCCGUCAGCCACCACGAAGACCACGGCUCCGGGGACGGAGAGAACUCUCCGGAACCGCCGGACGAGCCGGACCGCGAGGACCCGGUGGAGCUGCAGAUCAAGUGCGGCCGCUGCCAGGCCGUCACGCCGACCUUCGCCGACAUGAAGAUGCACCUGCUGUACGUCCACGGCGAGGAGGUCCCCGUCCGGCCGCGGGACGGCCAGCCGCCGCGGGCCGGCCGCGAGGCGGAGGACGAGCUGGUGAAGCACGCCGCCCACUACUGGCGGCAGCUGAACGAGCGCCGCAGCCCGGUCCGGUGCGGCAGCUGCGACGAGGAGUUCUUCUCCUUCUCCAAGCUGAAGCGCCACAUCCAGUCCCGCCACCGCGGCCGGGGGGACGGCGGCGGCGGCGGCGGCGGCGGCGGGCUGGGCGUGCUGGCGGCCGGCGCCGCCUUCAACUGCGUGCUGUGCAGCGCGGUGCUGGCCAGCCGGGAGCUGCUGCUGCAGCACUGGAGCGGCCGCCACCGCUGCCAGCAGCCCGGCCUGCUGUGGGCCGCCCUGAGCUGCUACUGCCCCCUGGAGGAGCCGGACACGCCGGCACCCAGCCCGCGCUGACCGGACACGCCCCCUCACCAUGAGGCUCCUCCCAUCCAGCUGAAGCUCCUCCUCUCCCACUGAGGCCCCUCCCCUCCCUCAGAGGCCCCUCCCCCCUCCCUCCGAGGCCCCUCCCCUCCCUCUGAGGCCCCUCCGCUCCCUCUGA